CACAGGCCACGAAUCUCACUCGCUUUCGUACGCUUUAGAGUGGAAACCAGUCGGUGUUUCCUUCCAGCCCUCUUUCUUUCUUGUUCAUGCCAAGCGCAUCGGUAUGAUCACGGCGUUGUCCAGGUAGAAUUCCCGUGAGGAAUUCUCGAGCGGCAGGCUCCAGGCAAGGUCUAUCGCUGGAUCGUCGCGCCCUGGGGACAAUGCAGGCGUGAAUCGGCAAGAUCUGCGCGAAAUUCCGGGGAUUCUCGCGCAAUGCGGGCGUGAUCCAGCGGGAUCUGCAUUGGAAUUCUAGGUAAUCUUCGGUUCUCGGCUCAGGGAUGGGGGAUUUCCAGCUAGGGCUGCGAGGAAUGGGCGGGAUUCUGGCGCUGGCUGUGGUGGCCAUUUGCAUUUGGUCCACAGAUGCGUCCGUCCACGAAUACGUGCACGAACACUUUGUCGGGCAAGGGAAUGCCUACAUUUUCUUUGGCGGCAGCGAAGGAAUCUAUGCGAGCACGUCGAAUGCUAAUAGAUCUGGGAUUGGCAACGGUCGUUCUUACAUCAGGUUUGAUCACUCGGUGACUUUCACUCGCACGGAAGAAGCCGCUGCCAAGCAUGCAGCGUCAGAGCACAAAUCUGGGCUGGUCCAAGCUGUGGUUUUCGACGUUGCGGACAGAGAUUUGCUCGGGGGUUCUCUGUACGGUGGUCACCUCGCGCUUUGCUGCACUCCAGAUCUCGCCAGGGACGUUGGCUGCAACCAGGGAGAGGUGAUACUCCGUCACAACCCCGAGAACGCGGGAUCUCCGAAAGCCAUCAAUGUGUUCUUCCGCGGCAACGAUCUCACCACCACCAUGGGAGUGGAGGAAGUCAAGAUCACAAAGUCAGGCAUGUACAUUCUCUACUUCGUCUACUGCGAUCCUCAGCUCGACGGCUUGAUGAUCGAUGGCAAGACCGUGUGGAAGAACCCGCACGGAUACCUGCCGGGAAGAAUGGUGGCUCUCAUGACGUUCUACGGAUUCAUGUCACUGGCUUACUUGGCACUCGGGCUGGUAUGGUUUCUUCAAUACUCGAGGUUCUGGAAGGAUAUCUUGCAGCUUCAAAACUGGAUCACGCUUGUCAUUGGGCUUGGGAUGACCGAGAUGUCCUUCUGGUACUUCGACUACGCCAACUUUAACAUCCGAGGAGGCAGGCCCAUGGGUAUAACUAUAUGGGCUGUGACAAUCGGUGCACUCAAGAAGACCAUCGCUCGGCUUUUGGUGCUGGUUGUUUCGAUGGGAUACGGUGUGGUGCGUCCAACGCUAGGUGGUCUUACUUCCAAGGUUCUGCUCCUCGGCACGACUUACUUCGCAGCCUUGGAGACUAUGGACGUGGUCGAACAUGUCGGGAGGAUUGACGAGAUGUCAAAUAAGACAAGGCUGCUGCUGGUUCUGCCUGUGGCAAUACUGGACGCGUUCUUCAUCCUAUGGAUCUUCAACUCGCUCUCAAAAACUUUGGAGAAGCUUCAGGCGAGGAAGCUCGUUGUCAAGCUGGAGCUCUACAGACGCUUCACGAACUCAUUAACAUUGGCGGUGAUAGCCUCCGUCGCAUGGAUUGGCUACGAGUUGUACUUCAAGGCUUCCGAUCCAUUCGGCGAGAACUGGCAAAACGCGUGGGUCAUCUCGGCGUUUUGGAACGUCGUCUCGUUCCUCCUGCUCUGCGUACUUUGCGUCCUCUGGGCUCCAUCACAAAACUCAAUGCGCUACGCAUACUCGGACGAAUCCACCGAGAAGUUUGACGAGGACGAAGCUGUCGGCCUGACUACGGGGACACUAAAAAACUCGUUUGACAUCGAAAAGGCUGUUCUCAAGCCAGACAAGGAGAAGAAGUUUGGCCUGGACGAUACAGAGGAGGACAAACAGGAGUAAAGAGAAAAAGGAGAGAGAGAGAGAGAGUUUUUUUCUCCAUUCAACGUGUCGGUGGAAGAAGAUCUCUCUCGCUCGCUCGCUCGCUCGCGCUGGAGGAAAGAACAAACGUUUUAUAGUUCUACCCGUAGAAACUUUAGCUGUGGCAUUACAAAGAAUGUGUCAAUAAUUUUCGCGAGAGGAUCGAUUUAUCGAUCUUUGUCUAUAAAUCCAAUCCACUAUACAUUUUGGACA